UUCAUCUCUCCGGUCCCCAGACCAGUCGCAACCCGACACUCAACACGAAACUUAAAAAAUUGAAAAAUAUUGAAAAAAUUGAAAAAUGAAAAAUCGUGAAAAAUGACAAAGUGCUCAGUGAUCGUUCUUGUUCUGCUGGAAGUGAUUGGUUAUCUAAAAACAGUAGAUUGUGAUCGAAAGCAUGUGAUUGAAAAACGGUCCUAUGAUAACCAGCUUUGUAAUCCUAAGCAUAUGCAAAAGGCGUUGUCCUCAGCUGAAAGUUGUAUGCCACGAGAUACUGUGGUAGAACUACCCUGGUUAAAUAUAUCAGAUUCAGCUCAGAUAACUCCUACCCACGUGUCCAUUAAGCGGUGUGAUGGAGGUUGCCAUCAACUGGGACAUGCAUGCCUACCCAGAACCGUUGAGAUGGUUCGGAUCCCUGUUAUGAUUGCUAAAUGCGGGAUUGAUUCUGGUAUCUGUGACAAGGCCUGUGCAUCUAUAGAGCUAGAGGAACAUACGGAGUGCGCGUGUUCGUGUCAGCUGCGGCCUGGAGACUGCAACGAAAACCAAGAUUUUCGACCUGAUCUCUGCUCUUGUCAAUGCCUGGACAUUCUUGGUCGUCAAUCUUGUCUAGACCGAGGACGAUCUUGGGACGAAAGCUCCUGCACUUGUGGGUGCCCUUUACACCAACAGUGUGCCCCAGGAUUAGUUUUCCAAGACGCGUCCUGCUCGUGUUCAGCUCCGGGUCUGGAUGAUGUUCAGGUUUUCGGAGAAAAGCGUAGUGGAGAAGAACCUCAAUCUUUCCCAACCCUGGAGCAUAUUAUUAUAGCAGUGCUCGCCCUCGUCAUCAUAAUCCUCUUUUUCAUCUUGGCAAACCUAGCGGUGAAGAUACGUAAACUAUCUGCUCGUAUACGGUUUCAUCCUGGAUCUCCGAACCCUCUCACUGACUCAGAUCUGGAGGUGAAACAGCUUCAUCCAGGGAAUCCUGUAUAUGGAGAGGGUUCCUGUAGCACACCUAGCUCAGGAUUCUACUCAGAGAUUAUAGGAGCAGAGAGGGUUUAUAAACGGGAGACUGACUCUCUCUACCACUCUGCGGAGAGUGUUAGGUUGAAGAAAAGGGUUGGAGAUGAGAGAUAUGAGAAGGAGGAUUCGAACCCUCCCAUGAAUAUCAUAGAGAACACAAUGGUUGGAGACGAGGUGUAUAUCAGAUUUGAUCCCUUGGGACCCAGCUCUCAGAGUCCUGAAUCUAGUAUUGCUAGCUCAGAACUACAGUUUGAUACAAUCAAGAGAACCCAGGGGACUAGGGACCAGAAACCAGUUUGCUUUGCAGAUACAGGUGUUCAGUACGGUACAAUACGUCAUAUAGAUGGGUACACAAGUUUACAACGGAAACCCACAGAUCUCUCCAGAUACAAUAGUUUAUCCAGGUGCCCGCCUGACCAUCAGCGGUCAGCCCACCCGGAGAAGUUAGAUACACACGGCGCUAAUAUCUCUAGUUAUGAAUCAGCAACUCAUCAUAUUGACGAGGCCUUGAGACUUCUACAGGAAUCAGCUGAUAAUCUUUAAAGCAUUUAAUCCUUCAAGCAGUAGUAUCUGCUUUAAAGAGUAGUAACUGCUUCAAGGAGUGGUAUCUGCUUGAAGGAGUAGUAUCUGCUCGAAGGACUAGUAUCUGCUUGAAGGAGUAGUAUAUGCUUCAAGGAGUAAAAUCUGCUUGAAGGAGUAGUAUCAGCUUCAAGGAGUAUAGUAUCUGCUUCAAGGAGUAGUAUCUUCUUCAAGGAUUAGUAACUGCUUCCAGGAGUAGUAUCUUCUUCAAGGAGCAACAUCUUCUUCAAGUAUUAGAAUCUAAUUUAAGGAGUGGUAUCUGCUUCAAGGAGUAGUAUCAGCUUCAAGGAGUAGUAACUGCUUCCAGGAGUAGUAUCUUCUUCAAGGAGCAACAUCUGCUUCAAGUAUUAGAAUCAAAUUUAAGGAGUGGUAUCUGCUUUAAGGAGUAUUAUCUGAUCCCAAAAGUAGUAUCUGCUUCUAGGAGUAUAGUAUCUGCUUCAAGUAGUAAAAUCUGCUUCAAGAAGUAGUAUCUGCUUCAAGGGGUACUUCAAGGAGUAGUAUCUACUCCAAGGAGUAGAUUAUCUGCUUCAAGGAGUAGUAUCUACUUCAAGGUGUAGUAUUUACUUCAAGGAGUAGUAUCUAUUUCAAAGAGUAGUAUCUACUUCAAGGAGUAGUAUCUGCUUCAAGGAGUUGUAUCUGCUUCAAUGAGUAGUAUCUUCUACAAGGGUUAGUAUCUGCUUCAAGGAGUAGUAUCUCACAAAACAUCGAACAUAAAAAACUAUUUGGCGCUAUUUUAAUUUUUUCAUUUAACUGGAGUCAAAUCAGCAAAUUAUUCAGUUUUAAGAUUACACAAGUUAUAAAAUGAUAUUUCUUUAAGAGAAGAUGAAAAAGAUUUAAAGUUUAAAUGAAAAUUCAUUCUGAAAGAACCAAAUGAAAUUGUAUAAUUGGAAAACAA